ACUUGAUAAAGUAAUUAAGCACAACCAUUCCUACAUUCAACUGAAAAUGGUUAUUGUUGAGGAGUUCGUAAAGACCCACAGAGCAGAAGGUCCAGCAACAAUUAUUGCCAUCGGGACAGCAACACCACCGAAUUGUGUGCUCCAAAGCACGUAUCCCGAUUACUAUUUUCGUAUUACAAAAAGCGAGCACAAGACAGAACUUAAGGAGAAAUUUAGACGCAUGUGUGAAAAAUCCAUGGUAAAAAAACGAUACACGUGCUUGACAGAAGAGUUACUAAAACAGAAGCCAGACUUUUGUGCCCACAUGGCACCAUCUUUAGAUGAAAGACAAGAGAUUGCAAUCAUGGAAAUACCAAAGCUCGGUGCAGAUGCAGCAGCUCAGGCCAUCAAAGAAUGGGGCCAACCAAAAUCAAAGAUCACCCACGUGGUGUUUUGCACCACCACCGGCGUUGACAUGCCGGGAGCUGAUUACAAGCUGAUAAAGCUCCUUGGCCUUCCUCCUUCAGUCAAACGUGUGAUGAUGUACACCCAAGGGUGUUUCGCUGGUGGCACAGUCCUUCGUUUGGCUAAGGACAUGGCCGAGAACAACAAGGGAGCCCGUGUUUUAGUCGUUUGCUCGGAGAUCACUGCACUAACUUUCCGUGGGCCCGAUGAAAAGCAUGUUGAUAGCCUUGUAGGUCAGGCUUUGUUUGGUGAUGGGGCAGCAGCUAUCAUAGUUGGCUCUGAUCCAUUGCAUGAUGUCGAAAAGCCACUGUUUCAGAUUGUUUCUGCUUCCCAAACUAUUCUCCCAGAUAGCGAGGGUGCAAUUGAAGGGCACCUUCGUGAAGCCGGGCUUACACUUCAUCUUCUCAAAAAUGUUCCUUCACUUAUCUCGAAACACAUGGAAAAGAGCUUGGUAGAGGCUUUUCAACCAUUCGGUAUCUUUGAUUGGAACUCACUUUUCUGGGUCCCACAUCCAGGUGGCCGUGCGAUCUUGGACCAAGUGGAGGAAAGCCUAAGCCUUACCCCAGAGAAACUACGGGCUACUCGCCACGUACUCAGUGAAUAUGGGAACUUGUCAUGUGCUAGUGUCCUCUUUAUCCUAAACGAAAUGCGACACUCUUCGGUUACCGAUGGGUCGAAGACUACCGGAGAAGGUCUAGAUUGGGGGGUUUUGUUUGGAUUCGGACCUGGGCUUACUGUGGAUACCGUGGUUCUCCAUAGUGUUUCAAUUUAA